UUUGUGAGAACCUAAGUUUUCUUGAAUUUAUAUUUUUGAAGAGAAUCAAUGAUAAACUUUGUAUUAUCCAAGUUUUCUUAGAAAUUGAAGCAAUAUGAUGGAAUUGAUCCUCACUAUUCACUUGUGGUGGAUUACUUGGCUCCUGUUUUGAAAAUUGUAAUUCUAAGCUUAGUAUGGAAUUAUGAAUUUGUGUUAUGGGCAAUGAACAUGUUAUGAAUUUGUGUUAUGAACUAGAAUAAUUUUAGGGCUUUAAUUUAGUAGGAUCCUCUACCACAUUACUCAUUACUCUUAAGGAUGAAAAGUAGUUGAGGGCAUGUGAGUGAGUUUCCCACUUACUCACAUAGUUGAGGUUUUAAAUUUGUGUUAUGAGCAACGAAAAAGGGCAAAUUUUAUGUAUAGCUAGAAAAUUAUUAGUAAGUUCCUUAUUUAGUAUGAAAUUAUAAAUAUAACUUGAAAAUUUUAAUAAACUAGGCUCCUGUUCUGAAAAAUACAAUUCCAAGCUUAAUAUGAAAUUACAAAUUUGUGUUAUGACCAAUGAAAACUUGCAGAUAGCACUUUGUGAUGCAGAGCACCUAUAGUUGCAAUCUGUUAGUGCAAAGUGCGUUUAUGCACCUGAGUUCCCCAUUUCUUGGUGCAUUUUGUACCUUCUAGGUGUAUUUUCAAUCCUUCUUUUAUUUCAGAUUGAUUUUUUUUGUUAGUAGAAAUUUGAUUUUCACUAGGCAUCUAUAACUCAUAAUCUAGUUUUCUCGAGGGAAAGAUGUCAGAGAAAGAAAAAGUAUGUGUGGCAGGUGCAAUUCUAAGUUUCUUUUUAACCAUUUCUUCCUCUUUCAAAGGUGAUAACAAGAACGCACAUCUAAAGAAAUUGGAUUACACUACAGAGAAUAUGAAAUUUUUCAAAACAGAUUUACUGGAGAAGGCCUAUGUGUUGCAUGUGUUUUUCCUAGUUGAAGAAAGAGCUAUGGGCAUGUGCAAUUUGUCUCCACAUAGCUGUAGUGGUGUAAUCAGGCACCACAGCAGGCUGCUGGAUGCAAUCUUGCCCCUUAGCAACUGGCUGCUGGGUGCAAGCGGUGCAUGAUUGCACCACAGCUGCUGUGGUGCAAGCUGCUGUAGUGCAAUCAGGCUAUUGUGGUGCAUGGUUACACCAGAGCAGCCUACUCUGCUGUGGUGCAUUCUAUGGUGCAAAAUUGCACCCAAUAGCAGGCUGCUCUGCUGUGGUGCAUGAGCAUUUUGCACCACAGCGAAAUAGCGUUCUUUGCUGUGGUGUUGCACCACAGCAGCUGCUAUGUUGCAAAAUGCUCAUGCACCACAGCAGAGCAGCUUGCUGUGGUGCAAAAGCUGUUGGGUUCAAUCUGCACGACAGCAGCCUGCUGUGGUGCAAAAUUGCACCCAGCAUGGCACAUUUUGCACCACAUUGCACAUUUUGCACCACAUUGCACCACAACAGCCUGCUCUGCUGUGGUCAAAAUGCUCAUACACCACAGCAGAGCAGCCUGCUGUGGUGCAAAAUUGCACCCAGCAUGGCACAUUUUGCACCACAUUGCACCACAACAGCCUGCUCUGCUGUGGUCAAAAUGCUCAUACACCACAGCAGAGCAGCCUGCUGUGGUGCAAAAUGCACCAUGGCAUCAUGGUGCAAAAGCUAUUGGGUGCAAUCUGCACCACAGCAGAGCAGGCACCACAGCAGCCUGUUGUGGUGCAGAAUUACACCCAGUGUGGUGCAUUUUGCACCACAGUAGUCUGCUGGGUGCAAUCUGCACCACAACAGCCUGCUCUGCUGUGGUGUUGACCCAGCAGCUGUUGUGGUGCAAAAUGCUCUGCACCAUAGCAGAGCAGCCUGCUGUAGUGCAAAAUUGCAGCCAGCAGAUAGCUGUGGUCCAAAAGCUGCUGUGGUGGGUGCAAUCUGAAUCACAGGAGGCCACAGCAGCUGUGGUGCAAAAUUGCACCCAGCAGCCUGCUGUAGUGCAUGAUUGCACCAUAGCUGUUGUGUGGUGAUAAAUUGCACAUGCCCAUAGCUUCUACUUUAUUGUUGUACUUGUUGCCAAAUAGUGUGUUUUCUUUGGAUGUCUUUUUUCAUCACUUCUUAUUGACAAGUUUCGUUUCCUUUAUUUUAGAGCAAUGAGAGAUGUAUCUGACUGUAUAGAUCGUCCGACAGACAAUAGUCAAGUAAUUAACGACAAUUCUAGGUUCCUUUCAUCUUUCAUAAAACUUCAAAAUUGUUUGAAAUAUUCUUUGGAGUAGUUCUAUUUUUCUUUCUUACGAUGUUUCUGGUUAUUUUUUCAUUGGCGAUAACAACAAAACUCAUCGCACAAAUUUUACUCUCUCUCUCCCUCUCUAUCUCUUCCUUUUUGUGGAUUGGCAUAAUUGAUCCAGAUUAUAGAUUAAUUGGACUCCAGUUGUACGAUGGGCUGUUCAAGGUACACAUUUUUUCCUACUAAUUCAACCUUAUUAGUUGGCAUAACCUUUUGAGAGGUUGCUACUGCUUCUUGUAAAAUAUGCUCUUAUGUGUAUUGAUGCUCUUGAUUACAGUGUUAAAGAUGUCCAUCAUAACCACUAUGCUGAGACUCAAUGGGUUGUUUAGAUUUUUCCUUUGAAAAUCUUAGCGUUGUAAAUUUUAAUAUUAUGUUAUCUGACAAAAUCCAAAAAUAAUUUUCAUUGAAAUGCUUAAUAAGGUACCAGGCAUAUGCUGACUUUGUUCUGCCAUUAUGCUGUCUACAAUUAGCUUGUGCAAGUAGGUUAACCUUUUCUUUAUAAAUAAACUUUACACAUAUGUCUCAUUGAAUACUGAUUGACUUGGUUAAUCCUUGUUUUUUGAUCUAUGUGUUUUAAGAGAACUAAUUUAUGUAUCAAUUAUCAAUGGGAUGUUCAGUAUAUGCUGAGUAAUCGGUUACCUGACAGGUUACGUCAAGCUAUGUGAGAUUGGUCAGUUCUACAACUAGACAGUUCAGCACUGAGUGGAAUGCUGCAUCAAGUUACUCAAUUAAUGUUGCCACUGCUAAUACCACCCAGAUAUACUUUUUAUUGAAGUCAUUUUAUUUUGAUAACUUCUUCAAAGGAAUUUAGAGGAUAUUAUUAUUAUCGAUUUAUUUCAAUAUUUAUAUUUUUUAGUUAUUUUCUUGACACACAUGAAAUAAAAGCGAAUAUUUAUUGUUAAUUAAU